CUUUAGAUAAAAAAUGAAUUUUCUAGUUAUAUUAGUUGUCUGUUGUGUUAUAAUCCAAUCUUUGGAAGGAUUUGGCGGAGGAAUGAUACCUGAAACUGUUAGACGUAAAAAUGCUGCUCAAAAUUAUCAGAACAUAAAUGAAUGGAAGCGUUUGAAUGAAUGGAAGCGUUUAUAUAACAAGUUGUAUGAAUCUAACCACGGCAAUGAUGGUUCAUUUUUAAAUUUAAAAUAUCUCGAAGAAAUUACGCAACGUUGUGAACAAUAUUGUAUGCCAGAUGAUCUCAAGUGCAUGAGAAAAUGUGCUCAAAAGUAUGAAGAGGGUUUAAUUUAGUGCAAUAAUUGUACGAAUGUACUUUGAUUGAAAAAUUUUAAAGAAAAAUUUAUUUA